AUGGCUUUCUCCGAUGAUCUUCCACCACAAAUCACGAAAGGUGCGAAGAGAAGAAGCAGAAAAAGAAGAAUGAUGAAAAGCAAAGACCUUAAGGAGGUGAUUAGCUUGGCCACAAGAAACGCUCAUGUCGCAAGGGACAAAGGGUUUUACAUCGCCUCUCCUGAGGCCAUACAAUGCGUCGAGAUCCUCAGACUUCUGCGAAGCUUGCCUCUUUCUCCUCGUCUCAUCAUCAAAACCGACUCCUUUCGCGCUGUUCAAUUCCUCGCCACCAAUGGGGAGAUUCUUCGAUCAUUUUCCAAUUUUGAUCAAUUCGUCACUGUAGUAGAUCUGAAAGGGAAUAGACUGCCGGCGAAUUUGACUGGGGAACCAGAUCUAGUUUUAGGGUUUGAUGCGUUGGCGAUGUUCAGUGAUCGGCGGAAGCGGGAUAUGGCCAAUCAUGGAGAAGGAAACAAGUACGCGUCUGUGAAUCUGAACAAGUCUUAUGGGUAUAAUCAGUAUAAUCAAUCUGGAGGUUAUGGGGCAAACCGUGGGAGAGGCGGUGGCUAUGGCGGUGGUGGUGGAGGAGGGAGUAUGGUGGUCCUUUCACGGCCAAGAAGCUCGCAGAAUGCUGGGCAGAAGCUAUCUGUUCCACCCCCCUUGAACCUUCCUUCACUCCGUAAGGAGCAUGAGCGAGUCGAUUCAUCUGGUUCGAGCUUUCAUUCCGGCGGAGGAAUCUCCGGGAGUGGAGCGAGACCUGCUUCGUCCGGAAUGGGAUGGAGUAAGCCUGCCGCUACAGCUGCUUUGCAAGAAGGCGAUGGUGCCAACCAUGGUGCUGAAGGUGUUACCAGGGGGAGCAAUGGGUUGAAUAUGCCCCAUGCGUCUCGCGCCGGUGCAGCGGAACCGUUGGUUCGGGCUUACCAUCCUGUGGAGAAAGUUGCAACUUUGAGGGGUGAAGACUUCCCGUCGCUGAAGGCUUCUCUGCCUUCAGCUUCUGUGUCUGGGCAGAAACAGAAGGAGGGUCUGAGUCAGAAACAGAAGCAAGCUUCAGGUGAAGAGUUUUCUAAAGAGCCGAGAGGUGUUUCUGGUGUGGCUAGUUCACUUGUAGAUAUGAGACCUCAAAACCAGUCUGGGCGUAGCCGUCUCGGCAAUGAGCUCAGCGAGGGUUCGAGUUUCCCAGAUGGUUUACAUUCAUCUGAACAGGGGAGGAAGAAGGAUUAUUUUCCAGGGCCACUGCCGAUUGUUCGUUUGACCCCACGAUCUGAUUGGGCUGAUGAUGAGCGUGACACUAGCCAUGGCUUAAGAGAUAGGGACAGGGAUCAUGGCUAUUCAAAGAAUGAGCCGUAUUGGGAUAGGGGUUUUGAUCUUCCAAGGACUCAUGUCUUGCCUCAGAAGCAUGCUGCUCCUAAUUUUGACAAACCAGGACAGCGUGAAAAUGAUAUUGCGAAAUCCUCUUCGACUCAAGCGAGACCACUCAGUGGAGGAGGAAGGGAGGCCAAUGUUUGGAGAGUAUCUGCACCGAUCCAAAAUGAAGUUGCAAAUAAUAAUAAAAGUAUUUAUGGUGCAAGGCCGUCUAGUAGAGGCAGAGAAGCUGUUAAGAAAAGUAACUACGUCUUGUCAGCAUCAAGGGAAAAUGUUUGGAAUAAUACUGGAGCUAGAGAGGCUCCAUAUCAACAUGGAGGAAGACAACCAUGGAAUAAUAAUAAUAAUAUGGAUAACUCCAGCAACAGGGGAAAUUUUAACCGGGAUGGGUAUGGAGUUGAUCUUCAUAAUAGGGAUAAACGCUCCUUUUUUAAGAGUGACAAACCUCAUGUGGAAGAUGCUUUUAUGAAAGACUUUGGCGACUCUGGUUUUGAUGUCCAUGAUCCAUUCCCAGUACUUGGUGUUGCUAAGAAGAAGAAAGAGGCUUUGAAACAAAUAGAGUUUCAUGAUCCUGUCCGGGAGUCGUUUGAGGCUGAACUUGAGCGUGUUCAAAAGAUGCAGGAAGAGGAACGCAGGCGGAUCAUCGAGGAACAGGAAAGGGUGAUUGAACUAGCUCGGACAGAAGAAGAAGAGAGACUGCGGCUGGCUCGAGAACAAGAUGAGCGGCAGAGAAGAUUAGAAGAAGAGGCCAGAGAAGCUGCUUUCAGAAACGAGCAGGAGAGAGUAGAGGCUUCAAGGAGGGCAGAAGAGUUGAGAAAGUCAAAAGAAGAGGAGAAACACAAGUUGAUCAUGGAGGAAGAAAGGAGGAAGCAAGCUGCUAAGCAAAAGCUUCUCGAGUUGGAAGAAAGGAUUUCCAGGAGACAGGCGGAAGCUGCCAAAGGCUGCAGCAGCUCUUCAACUGUUUCAGAGGAUAAAUUCGUAGAUAUUGUUAAAGAGAAAGAGCCUGCAGAUGUUGAUUGGGAAGACAGCGAAAGGAUGGUGGAUAGAAUCACUACGUCAUCGGCUUUGGAUGUGUCAGUAUCCACUAGAUCAUUUGAGAGCAAUGCCGCACCUCAAUUUUCUAGAGAUGGUUCGUUUGGGUUCCCUGAUAGACAAAAGCCAACUUGGAGAAAGGAAGAUAUUGAGAGUGGAGGCAAUUCGAGGUUUAUUCCGCAAAACAUGGAGAACGUUCCACAUAGCCCACAAAGAGAUGCAGGUGGAGGUUUUCCCAAGGAGGAGUUCUUCGGGACAACUGGAUAUCUCAAUGCCACUUCCUACUUCAAACCAGGAUUCCCAGAGCAUUCAGUUGAUCAGAGCUGGAGAAUUCCUGGAGAUGGAAGGCCCUAUGGUAGGAAUUAUGGGAUGGAAGCUGAAUCUCGUGAAAGUUUUGGAGAGCAAUAUGGUGAUCCUGGAUGGGGACAAAGCCAGGGCCGUGCACGCCGUGGUCCAUACGCUCCUUAUCCUGAAAAGUUGUAUCAGAAUCCUGAGGGGGAUGACUAUUACCCUUUUGGAAGACCUAGGUAUUCGGUAAGGCAGCCACGUGUUCUUCCCCCACCUCAGGAGUCUAGGCAGAAGCCGUCCUUUAGAAGCGAGGUUGAGCAUCCUGGUCCCUCAACUUCUGUUGGAGGGAUGAAGUAUAACCAUACAGAUGGGACUAAUUCGACUGUUCUAGCCAGUUAUAUUGGGGAUCAUCAAGAUCAUCAUGUGAUGUCGGGACGUGGUAUGGAUGAUCAUCGGUUCGAUAGCAAGCUGACUGGAAGAUGUGACUCUCAGUCUUCACUUUCUGUUACCAGCCCACCUGAUUCCCCUGUUCUUCUGUCUCAUGAUGACUUGGAUGAAUCAGCAGAUUCAUCUGUCUUAGCUGCGUCCAGAAAGGGAGAAGAUACUAAUUUAUUAGAGAAGGGGGGAGCGCCAAUUAUCUCUAGUGAUGCUGGAAAGGAUAGUUUGAUGAUUGCUACAAGCUCUGUAUCUUGUUGGGAUAAUGAAGAGUGGACUCUUGACAGUAAUGAACGUUUGCAGGAACAAGAAGAAUACGACGAAGAUGAAGAUGGAUAUCAAGAGGAGGAAAAAAUACACGGGGUUGAUGAGAACAUAGAUCUAGCCCAAGAGUUGGAAGAAAUGCAUCUCCAGGAUAAAGACUCUAACCUAGUCUUAGGCUUUAAUGAAGGAGUGGAGGUUGAAAUACCCAGCGAUGACUUCGAAAAAUGUCAACAGAGCUCCGAAGCAGCAUUUCCUCUUCCCCAGCACUCAGUCAAUUCCUUAGAUGGUGAAAGACCUAUUGAGACAAGCCGUGGUGAACAAGCCGCCCAACCUGUUGAAAUUUCUGAUUCAGUGAGCAGGCAUAAUACAUCUGAGAGCUUCCAGGAUACUGAAACCACAAUGCAGAACUUGACAAUCCAGCCAAACAAUGGUCGGCAGUCAUUUGAUUUGGCCAAUAAAGUGGACUCCGCGAGAAACUCUGCAGUCUCUACUCAUCCUGUCGCACCACCUCACAGCAUUGGUCUGCUGCAUCCAUCACCUCUUCACACAGUUAUGCCACCUGUACCUUCUGCUUCGGCACAGAUGGAGGAGCCUGUUAAGUUGCAGUUUGGCUUGUUUUCUGGUCCGUCGCUGAUACCUUCUCCUUUCCCUGCCAUACAGAUUGGUUCCAUCCAAAUGCCUCUUCCUCUUCAUCCCCAAUUUGGCUCCUCGCUUAGACAUAUCCAACAGCCUCAGUCUCCUAUCAUUCAGUUUGGUCAACUACGAUAUACAUCCCCAAUAUCCCAAGGGGUGCUGCCACCGCCACCUCAUUCACUUGUCCAGGCGAAUGCUUUAUCAACUUAUGCUUUAAAUCAAACUCCUGGAUCCUUGGCGACUGUUCAGCUUGGUCAAGGAAAUUCAGCUAAUCUAGUAGCUAGAAAUGCAGCAGCCGCUGUCUCAAACCCUCAGAUCAGUGUGCUUAGGAGACCAAUGGAUGUUUCUGAUGGGGGCAAACUGAAGAAUGCUAAUAUCACUCCAGCAAGAGCGACCAGUGAGGUUGCUGUGUCACAUCAAAAGCAAGGAGAGUUGUCUGGUAGGUCGGAAUUACCUUCUGGAAAAAUGAGUCAUGGAAAAUCAAAUUUAGCUGAAAGACAAUCAGGAUUUCAAGGCCAGACUGACACAACUGCUGUCAGAAAUUCUGGCUUGCACUCAUCGGGCACAGCUGAGGGUUCUCGGGCAGAUUCUGGUAGUUAUAGAAGAUAUCGGCGUCAGAAGGUUGAAUUUAGAGUUCGGGAAUCAAACUGGCCAUCUUCGGAGGAGAACCGAAAUGGCAAUGGAAGGGCACAAAAUUUCACGAAAACCGGGAGUAGAAAGUAUGUUGUUUCUAAUAAGUCCCAGAAUCAAGCCUCAGAUAGCUCAGUGUCUGGUUUGAAUGCUCUGCAGAAAUCCAAUACUGGGGGUUCAUUUGAGAGUAGACCAGGGAAAGAUACUGUCAUGAAGAAUCCACUCAUUCCAAAUUCUGGACAGGCAAACCUUAAAAGGAAUAUGUUAUCUGAAAAUGAAAUUGAUGCACCUUUACAGAGUGGAAUCGUUCGUGUCUUCGAGCAACGUGGCAUUGAAACUCCUAGUGAUGAUGAUGAUUUUAUUGAGGUAAGAUCAAAAAGGCAAAUGCUUAAUGAUCGUCGAGAACAGAGAGAAAAAGAAAUCAAGGAAAAGUCCCAAGCAUCCAAGGCGUCCCGAAAACCCCGUUCAACUUUGCAGAACAGUACUGCUGCAGCCAGGUCCAACAGAAGCCCACCAGCUAGCCGAGUUGCGAACAACAAGCAGUUUAAUCCCGUCUCCAACAGACAUCUGUUAGCCCCAAUUGGCACACCUUCACCUAAAACAGUGUCCCAUGCUGAUGAAAAAUCUGGGAGCAGCAAGACCGCUCAGGCAAGUAGUGUGCUUCCAGUUGUACCUAGAAAUGAUCAGAAUCCAGCGUCAAGUUUAGUAUUCAGCAACAAUAAUAAGGUUCUGGAUAAUAUUCAAACGUCUGUGGGGACUUGGGGCAACCAACUCACUGAUCAGCCGGUUAUGGCCCUAACCCAGAGUCAGCUUGAUGAAGCCAUGAAACCCGUAUCUCUUCUUUCAUGUGUUUCUGUUGAGAAUGGUCACAACCGAAUUAGCGGGCCAAAUCCGAAGUCAGCGUCUGUCGUGCUAAAGAGCAAUACUUUUCCAAGCGACGCAAGCCCAAUAAACUCAUUGCUUGCCGAAGGCAAAAUCCAAUUUGGCGCAGUUACUUCUUCCACUGUUAUCCCUCUCGGUGGUGCGCGUACGGAGAACGAUAGCUCUUUAUAUUUUGAAAAGGAUAGUAAACAUCGAAACACUUCAUCCACUGGCUUGGAGAUUUGUGAAGCAGAAGCAGAAGCCGCUGCUUCAGCGAUUGCUGUUGCAGCCAUAACUAAUGAUGAAACCGGUGGGAAUGCCUUGGGUACUGGCUCUGUCUUACCUGCUGAAACCAAAAUUUACGGAGCAACAGAGUUAGAUGGUGGAGCAGCAAGUGGCACUGUUGGUGGGCAGCCCAGUCUAUCAAAAGCUGAAGAGUCACUCAUUGUUUCUCUCCCAGCAGAUCUUUCAGUGGACACCCCAAUCUCUCUGUGGCCACCGUUACCAAGUCCACACAACUCAAACCAAAUGAUCACUCAUUUUCCUCCAGGCCCUCCUCAUUUCCCUUUCUAUGAUGUGAACCCCAUGUUAAGAGGACCAAUCUUUGCUUUUGGCCCGCACCAUGACGCGGGAGCAAACCAACAACAGCCCCAGAAAGGUCCAGGGACUGUUUCUGGUCCACCUACGACGUGGCAGCAGCAGGGUCAUUCAGGAGUAGAUUCCUUCUACGCUCCUCCUGCGGGUUUCACUGGUCCUUUCCUAACCCCACCUGGUGCUAUUCCUGGCGUUCAAGGCCCUCCUCACAUGUUCGUUUAUAACCACUUCGCACCUCUUGGACAGUAUGGAGGGGUGAGUUUCAUGGGGACUACUUACAUCCCAACUGGAAAACAGCCGGAUUGGAAACACAACCCAAUCGUGUCUUCUUCUCCGGUUGGAGCAGAUGGUGAUGCAAACAAUCCUAAUAUGGCCUCCAUGCAAUGUAACAUCGUGCCUGCGUCUCUUCAGCACCUCCCUAUGCCUUCUCCUCUUGCCAUGUUUGACCCGUCCCCUUUCCAGAACUCUUCUCAGGAGAUGCCUGUUCGAGCACGGUGGCCUUACAUGCCAUUUUCGGGUCCUCCAACAAUGCAAAUCCAGAAACAGCAGGAAGCAGUAGAUGGCUCCAAUCUUGCAUCAUCUCAGUUCAACAACAACAUGCUUCCUCCUCCUCCCAACAGAUAUCCCAACAUCCAAACAUCCACAGUCGGAGAUGCAAUAGUGGACUCCUCGAACUCUUACGGUCCCACCACUUCCGUUUCACCGCCAAAGCCGACCACCACCUUGUCUGAUCCCAACACCAGUAACACUCAGAAUCCAACUGGUCCUGCCUUGAAGCCGCCACAGCAUCAGCAACAGCAACAACAAUCCUCCCAUGAGAAGAACACGCCGUCUCAGCAUGUUGGUGGCUCAAGCCACCACCAUCAACACCAGCAACACCAGCAUAACCGGAGGCCGGGCUUCCAUGGGAGAAACCAGCCCAUGGGUAGAGAGAGAGGCUUCCAAAACAACACAAAGGUGAAGCAGAUUUAUGUGGCUAAGCAGACUUGUAACAGCAACGCCUCUGCUUCCUCUACCGCAACCACUUCGACGACGCCUUCAACAUGAUUCUUCAUCAUCGUCCAGGUCUGUUAAGAUAUAAACACAUUCAAAUAACCCAAAGCAGCUUCGGCUUCAUAAGGAGGAGAUGUGGAUUUUGUUUUCAGUUUUUCCCAUAAAAUCCAUUAGCCUUUUUUAUUACCCCUCUUUUCCCCUUCUUUUUUUUAUUGUCAAUUAGAUAAAAUUAGAUUCCCUCUCUUUACUGGUUUGGGGGUUUUCAUUAUAUGCGAGGACUUUGGUAUAUGAUUUGUUAGCUUAUAAAAUAUGUUUGGGUGAAAACAUUUUCCCGUGAGGUUUUCGGUGUAGCCACCGUUGGAUACCCAAUUCACGGUUCCAAUGUUUUCCCCAUGCUUUGUAUCUGUUGUCAACAUUAUUAUCUUCUUAUCUUUUUACAAAUCAGCAAACUCUUAUUGAAUUAAUUUUUUUUUUUAUGUUUAAAUCUAUCAAAGGCGUAACUACUUACCGAGU